GCGUGGCAUAAAUUGGCGCUAACGUUUGCCGCUCGAGGAAUCGGAUCGACAACAACUGGCUCUGCUGGGAGGCCUAAGUUGUGCGACGGAAAAUCGCACAUGACACGCGAACGUGAGAUUCCCGGAUUACGUUUAUUACUAUUUUUUUCGGGACCGAGAGAUUGACGGACCAAUCCGAUGCGUCGCGGGCGCGGGCUGACCGACCAAUCGCGCGUCUGACUUGAGAUGCGUUCGCUCGCGCUCGUCCAAUCGGAACCAACUGCUCUCGCGCGGCGUGUUUCCUGAAAACCGGGCUUGUCGGAGCGCUCCGAAAGCAGCAAUCGAACACGUUGACAAGACCGUAUACCCGAUGAGCGAAUACGUCGAGUAGGCGUUUGCCCCCUUGACAUUUCUUAGGUAUGAUUUCCGAAUAGCCCUCUUAUCCGCCAAUCUGUCAAAAAAUGUGACAUGUAAGACGGGGGGAAUCGAUGUUUACGAAUUGCGACUAUUGGUGAUGGUAUCGGGGCCACGUGUUGUCCGAUCAAGUCCGAUUAAAUUCGACCGAUGCGCCAGGAAGCCUUUUAAGUGAUUCGACGAGAGCACGGCAUUUAAUUUUCCAAAUGCGAUCAUGGCACUGCGCAAGGUAAAGGGGAACUUCGAGCGGAUGUUCGACAAGAACCUGACGGACCUGGUGCGCGGGAUCAGGAACAACAAGGAGAACGAGGCGAAAUACAUCGCGCAAUGCAUCGAGGAGAUCAAGCAAGAGCUACGGCAGGACAAUGUGGCGGUCAAGGCGAACGCCGUGGCCAAGUUAACAUAUCUGCAGAUGUUGGGCUACGACAUCAGUUGGGCUGGCUUCAAUAUAAUAGAAGUAAUGUCAUCGGCAAAAUUUACCUACAAACGAAUCGGCUACCUUGCUGCAAGUCAGAGCUUUCACGAGCACACAGAGCUGCUGAUGUUGACAACGAAUAUGAUUCGUAAAGAUCUAAACAGUCAGAACCAGUAUGACGCUGGCUUAGCACUAAGCGGUCUGUCUUGCUUCAUAAGCCCAGACUUGGCUCGAGACUUGGUCCAUGACAUAAUGACCCUGUUGACCUCAACAAAACCAUAUCUGCGCAAGAAGGCAGUUCUGAUGAUGUAUAAAGUAUUCCUAAGAUUCCCCGAGGCGCUGAGGCCCGCCUUCCCCAGGUUGAAGGAGAAGCUUGAAGAUCCGGACAGCGGCGUUCAGAGCGCGGCGGUGAACGUCGUCUGCGAAUUGGCCAGGAAGAACCCAAAGAAUUAUUUGAGCUUGGCGCCUGUUUUCUUCAAGCUGAUGACAACCUCCACCAAUAAUUGGAUGCUCAUCAAAAUUAUCAAAUUGUUUGGAGCACUGACACCUCUAGAACCUAGGCUUGGCAAAAAAUUGAUAGAACCCCUUACCAAUUUGAUACACAGUACAUCCGCAAUGUCCUUACUAUACGAAUGUAUCAACACGGUGAUAGCCGUGUUGAUCUCUAUAUCGUCCGGUAUGCCGAAUCAUUCCGAUUCGAUACAGCUGUGUGUUCAGAAGUUGAGGAUACUGAUCGAGGAUUCCGACCAAAACUUAAAGUACUUGGGGCUGCUGGCGAUGUCGAAGAUAUUGAAGACGCACCCGAAGAGCGUGCAGGCUCACAAGGACCUCAUUAUGCAGUGUCUCGAUGACAAAGACGAAAGUAUAAGACUGCGUGCCUUGGACCUGCUGUACGGGAUGGUCUCCAAGAAAAACCUCAUGGAAAUAGUGAAGAAGCUGAUGGUGCACAUGGACAAAGCCGAAGGCACUACGUACCGCGACGAGUUGCUCUCGAAAAUCAUUCAGAUCUGCUCGCAGAACAACUACCAGUUCAUCACGUAUUUCGAGUGGUACAUAUCUGUGUUGGUGGAGCUCACGCGGAUGGAAGGUACGAAGCAUGGACCAUUAGUGGCGACUCAAUUGCUCGACGUAGCGAUUCGUGUACAGGCUAUACGAAAAUACGCAGUUCAACAAUGUGCCUUACUGCUUGAGAAUUCAUAUCUGCUAACCGGCCAACCGAGAGCGACCAUGUCCGAGGUUUUAUACGCAGCGGCGUGGAUCUGCGGCGAGUUCUCUAGUGAAUUGGAAGAUCCGUUGGCAACCCUGCAGUCCAUGUUGCGCUCGCAAGCUUCUAACUUGCCCGGGCAUAUACAGGCUGUUUAUGUUCAUAAUAUACUGAAACUAGCCACGACGACGUUCGCUAAGGCAGAAAAGGAGGAAGACACUGAGACCAUGGACAAGAUUUACGGAUUAAAAGACAAGAUAACAGCUUUCGUCUGUAGUGGUGAUCUGGAGGUUCAGGAGAGAUCGAGCUCUGCAUUAGUGUUAUUUGAAUGCUUGAAAGAAAAUCCUGGUCUCGCGCAGGAAUUAGUGGAGGCUUUCGAAGGUGAACUCAAUCCAGUUGCACCAAAGGCUCAAAGAAAAGUUCCAAUACCCGAGGAUUUAGAUUUGGAUUCCUGGAUCAACGAUCCGCCCUCGGAGAGCUCAGACUCGGAGGAUUUAGAUAUGAACGAUAUUUUUAUUAAGACGGAGAAGUCGAACGACUCGUACUCUAAACGGGAAUUGAGCGAACCGUCGCUGGAGGAACUCGAGAGGAGGCGAGAAGCGAGGAAGCUCGAGCAGGAGAACAAUCCUCAUUAUCUGAAAGGCUCAUUUAAGGCUCCUACGUCAUAUCACAAUUCGAGCGCGUACGAAGACUUUGAAAACAUUCCCGUCGCGGAGCUAGACAUCCCGAUCUCUUUGAAGAUCUCGAACCUGCACAGAUGUCAAGACAUGGACAAUAGUCACAAGAGGCACAAGAAGCACGAAAAGAAGAAGAAGUCGAAGAAAAAUAAAACAGCGAAUAUUCUUGCAGAUAAGAAAUCCGCAUCCGAGGAAGAUGAACAGGAAGAUGACAGCUUGCCACUGCAAAUCGUGAAGACCGGUAUAGGAGAGCUACCACCGGGUGCAGAGGUCAGUGACAGCGAUGACUACGAUCUCGUAGACGCGAACGAUCCACAUAGAGCUUUGAAUAUCGACUUGGACAUGCCUUUGCGGGAGGAUGAGAGAUUACCUGUCUUAGAGCAUAGAGUUAUCGAAAAUAAUGUAACGAAGAAAACCGAGGAAAAAGGCAGCAAGAAGGAAAAAGGACACAGAAAGUCUAAGCGAAAAGUUAAGGAUGCUGCGGAGAACAGGAAGAGUAAUCAAACGGAAACGUCCGACAUGUGGUUGGAGAGCAAUCUGUCUUCGGAGAAAGUGCAAUCCCCCGCGAUUGGCGAGUACACGGAAGUGUCGAGCGGGCCGCAAGCCAAGAAAGACAGCAAGCGCAAAAAGUCCAAGAGUCAAGAUAAGCACAAAAAGUCCAACGAGGAUGACGCGAGACACAGGAAAUCAAAGAAAUCGAAGAGCAAGAAGGAAGACAAGUCGCUCUACUACGAGGAAACGGCGGGGAUAUCUACUCCGUCGAAGGAGAUACUGCCGGAAUUGAAGAACGACAUCACGGACGCUGAGUACAACGCGGAUUCCGUAUCGCAACCGAGUGUCCCCUACGAGGAACUGGCCAAGAAUAAAGUCAUUUCUAUGACGUACGAGUUGAGGCAGAUACCGCACGACUCGGACAAAGUCAUCGUGUCGAUCUGCAUCACGAAUAUAGGCCAGCCGCUCGUGAAGGAAUUGGUCUUCGAUGUUCCGGACACAUCGUCACUCAAACUAGUUAGGAACCCCGGGGAUGAAUUUGGGAUAAAACUGCCGUUUCAACUGCCCCUGCAAUCUAGCAAAGAAACCGAGUUCACCGUACUAGUCUCAGACGUGACGUUUGCGCAGAGACUGAGAGGUACACUGACGUACAUGUUCGAGGGUAAGGAGGGCACGCAGCAGGAGAAGCUCGACUUCACCGUGCACAUGUCGUGCAGCAAGUUCAUGGUUGGGCAUCUCUCUCACAAGGAUAUACUCACGGAGCUCCUCAAAAGCGGUCAAUUAAUGUCGAAGAUCCAGAGGGAGGUGACACCUUCUCAGGACUUCGACACGGUCCUCAGUGUUAUUUGCCGCAGGUGCAAUCUCACGCUCGUGGAACAGAUCGGCGACACCGCAUCUUUGUACGGGCACUCUCUGAAGGGACAUCAUGUGUGCCUUUUAUUAAAAUAUAACGGAGCGACAGGAAGUCUAAUGGUCGAAGGUAAAGGUGACAAUAAUUCAUUACUGUCGGGAAUUGGGGAGGAAAUACUGAGGAUCCUGACAUAAUGCUGAUUUAAACUCAAGUGUCUAUAUUUUGCAAUUAUCGAUUCCUACCAUGCAUCGCAGUCGUAUUAAACAUAGGUACUUGGCAGCGAGAGAGAAAGAAAGAGAGAGAGAGAGGAAGAGAGAGGAACACUUCGAUCGUGUGUCCGUUAUAAAUAUAGGCACAGGUAUAGCGGCUAUAGCGUAUCUGCAAAUCCAUUAAAUAUUUUCAGAGGGGAUCUUACCUAAAAACUUCACGUGUAAUCUAGAUCAUAAAAUUUGUUAAAUAUUUAAGAGAUAUACAUAUGUAUACACUCAUACACAUACUAUAUAUAUACAUGCGUAAAUAUAUAUGUACACACAUGUACAUGUCUCUAUAUGUGCGAGGCGAAUCUUCGAACGAAGACAGGCGAGAGGACAGGACAGGGAAUUUAUUGCCAAGAAUUGAAGACACUGGAGUAAAAGUAGCUUAAUGUUUCUACGUAGGACGUAAGUUUGGCACCGGUGUGUGAUAGGCUAAGCGAGGAUUUCAUCCUUUAAUAAGGUAAUUAUCUCAUUUUCUCAGCUACGCGAUUACUGAAUGAUAUUGAUAUCUUCCAAGAGGUCCUGUAAAUUACUGCUCUUAUCCGUACGGUGUUGCAUUUACCAAGUGACAUGUAAUAAUAAAUCGGAGAUGCCCAUGCAUGAAAUCCAAACUUUCAGGGCGCAGUUCUUUGUACAGUACGGAAAUAAACGUGGUUGCGACCACAUAGGAACAUUCUCACCCUACUUUUAUGUUCGAUGCCUUCAAUUUUUGCGUUCACUUGGGAGGAAUAACGUCGCACCGCUAUUGUUGAGAUCUUUAUCAUUUUGUAAAAUAUAUAAAGCGUUAUUUACCGUGGUACGUGUUGCGCCCAGUCUUUCCAAACAGGAAUUCACGAGUGUAAGCGUAUUUUAUUGCAUGCAACGCUUCCAUAAUAUUCGGUAAUUAAUAGGGCACGCACACACAGGGAAUUAUGGAAAUUUAAAAUUAUGAAAAUUUAAAAUCACAAAUCAUACAUGUACACAGGCACGUGGACCUCGUAUGUACAGCCAUGCGGAAGAAAUGCUCCUAAUCUGUUUUGCAAGGGAUCAAGUUUUAUAUUCUUUCUUUUUUUUUUAAAUAUCUCCAAAUAUUUUUAUGCCUUGGUGAGAUAUAAAGUUUUUUUUUUACAGUUAAAUAUGAGUUCCAGAGACUUUAUAUUAAUUUACCCUAUCUAACUAAUCGAGAGCUAUUUAGCUAUUAAACGUGUGCCAAAAACCAAUGAUUUUACCAAGUAAUCUUUUUAUUACCAAUAAUGCAAUAUUAAUCUUUUUUUUCCAUGCCUUGAAUUUUGAAUGCCCGAUUGAUUGAAUGAAACACUAAUAAUGAUUUUUCGUGAUAUAAACUCGAGCAAGUAAUAUAUACGGUAGACCAAAUAAAUACCUUUAAGUUUAUAAUAAACUUUAUAUAUAUUUUAUACAUAAUAUGUGCAUUGCUGUCUUAGAAAAAAAUUACCAGUGUUUUGUUGACUAUGACAUAGUUUACUAUUAAAAUUAUGCUGUAACAAUUACGCGAUUAAAUCAGCAUUAUGUUAUGA